CGUAGAAUAUUCCAUAUAGAAUCAAUGCUUUAUUAUAUAAUAAUUUCUGCUACAUAAUAAGAGGCUUUCAUUUCCUUUGUCUUUAAAUAACCCCAAGUCUCACUUGUAAACCAACGUCGCUCAUUUAUCCCUCUUACCCUGUCCCUCUCCAACUCUCAAACUUUCUGGAAUUCCAUAGAUUGUGGAAACUCUCUAGCUAAACCAAAAAACAGAAAAGAACAUACAAAAUUGAAAUACUAAGGUGCAUGCAGAAGAUAUCAAUGGACGAGCUAACGUCCCCAUCUUCAUCUUCCUCCUUCAUGUCUUUUUGUCAAGACUCUUAUCCCCCACUCCAACAACGCCUCCAGUUCAUCCUCCAAAGCCGGCCUGAAUGGUGGGUCUACGCCAUCUUCUGGCAGGCGUCCAAGGAUGCCACUGGACGCCUUGUUUUAUCGUGGGGUGAUGGCCAUUUCCGUGGCACCGAAGAAUUUGCAGCCAAAGCUUGCUGCAAGCAGAACCAACUCAAAUUCGGGUUUAAUCUUGAAAGAAAGAUGACUAACAAAGAGUCCCAGACUCUUUUCAGUGAUGAUAUGGAGAUGGACAGAUUGGCAGACGUGGAUGCUAUUGACUACGAAUGGUUUUAUACAGUAUCAGUAACCCGAUCAUUUGCUGUUGAGGAUGGAAUUCUUGGCAAGACAUUUGGCUCCUGGGCUUUUAUUUGGUUGACUGGUAACCAUGAGUUACAGAUGUACGAGUGUGAGAGAGUUAAAGAGGCUCGUAUGCAUGGGGUACAGACUUUGGUCUGUAUUUCAACCACUUGUGGAGUUGUUGAAUUGGGCUCCUCGAAUACGAUCGAUAAAGAUUGGAGCCUAGUGCAACUCUGCAAAUCGCUCUUCGGGGGAGACACAGCCUGCUUGGUCUCAAAGGAGCCAAGCCACGAGUCUCAAAUACAGAUUCCUAAUACUUGUCUCCUUGAUAUUGGCACGUUUUCAGCUUCUCAAAAGGAGACCUUUACGCAGAAGCAAAAUGAAGACGACAAAAAUAAGAAAGAUGCCACUGGCCAAGGCCGGUCAUCAUCUGACUCCGCGCGUUCUGAUUCUGAUGGCAAUUUUACUGCUGGAAAUACCGAUCGGUUCAAGAAAAGAGGAAGAAAGCAACUAAACGGCGAAGAAUUGCCUAUAAACCAUGUUGAAGCGGAGAGGCAGCGUAGAGAGAGGCUGAAUCAUCGAUUCUAUGCACUCCGAUCUGCAGUUCCUAAUGUGUCAAAGAUGGACAAAGCAUCUCUACUAGCAGAUGCAGUUACUUACAUCAAGGAGCUCAAGGCCACUGUUGAUGAAUUGCAGUCCAAACUAGAAGCAGUAUCCAAGAAAUCCAAGAGUACAAACGUCACUGAUAAUCAAAGCACUGAUUCCAUGAUUGAUCAUAUGAGGUCUUCUUCAAGUUACAAAGCCAAGGGAAUGGAAUUGGAUGUGACAAUUGUAGGAUCAGAAGCUAUGAUAAGAUUCCUCUCCCCAGAUGUUAAUUACCCAGCUGCAAGGUUAAUGGAUGUACUUAGAGAAGUAGAGUUCAAAGUUCAUCACGCAAGUAUGUCAAGCAUUAAGGAGAUGGUGCUUCAAGAUGUUGUGGUUAGAGUUCCUGAUGGACUCACAGAUGAAGAAGUUGUGAGAAGUGCCAUUCUUCAAAGAAUGCAGAACUAAUUAAGGUGCUUGCUGAUCUCAUAUUAAGGAACAUAAAAUGUGGUCAACGUGUGUGUUUAGUUUUCAUUUUUCUCGAAUAAUUUGCGUCUGUUCUGUGUCCCUAUGUUGUCUGUUUAAUUACAAAGAACAACAAUAUUGUUAAAAUUGUUGUUUGAGUGGUCUUCGUUUUUGUAGUUUCUCUCUUCGUUUUUUGUAAUUUCUUUGAGUGUUGUUCGUUUUUGUAGUUUCCAUUGUUCUUAAAAUCAUUAUUGUUCUUUGAGUGUUCUUCAUUUUUCUAGUGUUAUUCCUCUUUUACUUAGUGUAUUAAGUUUUCUAUUGUUUCUUAA